AUGUCCGAGCCUGCCCAAGAUGCCGACUCAUCACAGAGUCGAGUCGGCCACUUUUUCUAUCGCGCACUGGCAGAAGUUGGCCUCAUCCCUUUGUGGCAGUCGCCGCUAGACACAAAGCUUCUCUGUGCCCAGCGCUUUGUACGGCUGUUUGCCUAUGGCGGCUCAACACUAGUGCUCGCUUCGUAUCUCUCCGCCCUCGACAUCUCUGACGAGAAGAUUGGUCUGUUCAUGACCCUGACUUUGGUUGGAGAUGUGGUCAUCAGUUUUUUUCUGACCCUGUUCGCCGACACCGUCGGGCGCAAGGCGGUCCUGAUGCUCGGGUCAGCUCUGAUGUGUGCGAGUGGUAUUGUGUUUGGUCUGACAAGUAAUUACUGGGCAUUGCUUGCAGCUGCUGUUUUUGGGGUUAUUAGCCCAAGCGGCAAUGAAAUUGGGCCAUUUAGGGCUGUUGAAGAAUCAACUAUUGCUCACAUCACCUCGAAAGAGGACAUGAGUGAUAUAUUUGCUUGGUAUUCUCUGAUCGGCACUGCAGGAACAGCCCUAGGAAUGAUGGUAUGUGGCUGGAUCAUGACGGUCUUGCAAGACAUCAAGGGCUGGGAUUUUGUCCCCGCCUGCCGAAUUGUUUUCUUCGUGUAUGCUGUUGUUGGCGCUAUCAAGUUUCUUUUGACUGCCGGUCUGAGUAUCAGUGUUGAGGCAGCGAAGAAGCAGAAACAGCAGAAGAAGAAACAACAGAGUACUUCGACACAACCGAAUCCAGAACAAAGCUCUGAGACGGCGCCUCUACUUGGUUCUAAUGUCCAGGAGAAUGUCGCAAAUGACGAACCCGCACCAAAGAAACGGAUUGUUUGGUUCUUGCCUGGUGUUCAGGCGGAGUUUGUGAGCUUGGUGACUAGCUUGCUAUUGCUCUUUGCUCUGGACUCUUUUGCAUCUGGAUUAGCUUCAUUGUCGUGGGUUACUUAUUUCUUCCGAAGAAAGUUUGGCCUGUCAGAAGGCGGACUCGGGUCUUUCUUCUCUGCGGCGAGUGUCAUCCAAGCCAUCUCUAUGCUGAUCGCUUCAUCAAUCGCAAAGCGAUUCGGAAACGUCAAGACAAUGGUCUUCACACAUCUCCCAUCGGCUAUAUGCUUAGCAUUGAUCCCCAUUCCAUCCUCACUCCCCUUUGCCAUGGCGUUUGUGGUCUUGCGUGCCUGCACCCAAAACAUGGACGUAGCGCCUCGGUCCGCGUUUUUGGCCACUGCACUUCCGCCCGACCAGCGAACUGCCCUUAUGGGCACGCUCAAUGUCGUCAAGACAAGCGCAUCCAGCUUGGCUCCUCUUCUGACCGGGUUCCUUGCUUCUCGAGGGCUAUUUUGGGUCGCCUUUGUUGCGGCGGGUUCUUUAAAGGCUACAUAUGACAUCGGCAUGUUGAUCACCUUUGGAGGAAUGGAUAGAAAGCAUAAAGAGCAGGCUAUACGUCGGGACGAAGAAAACGGAUCUGGUAGGAGUUAA